UCAAAAAGCGUCUCAGAAGAUGGAGAGCAGCCAAAGCCAAUACAAGGCCAACUAUGGUGUGGAAGUGGAAGCAAAAGUGGCGAACCCAAGAAGUAGUGUAAGGUCAUCAGACUUCCUACUUCGACUACUGGCCGUAGUCACAACCCUUGUGGCUGCUAUCAUCAUCGGCGUUGCUAGGGAGACCAAGAUGGUUCCAUUCUCUCUCCUCUCUAACGUUCCACCCUCGUAUAUUCCUUUAACUGCCAAGUCUCACUACUCCUCUGCUUUUGUGUUCUUCACGGUGUCAAACGCCAUAGCCUGUGCAUACGCAGCUUUGUCACUGCUGCUACUAAUCGCGAAACGAGCGAGAGGCAACGCCAUAACAUUGGCAACCACCAUCAUCAGCCUGGAUGUGAUAAUGGUGGGUCUGCUUUUCUCCGGCAAUGGGGCUGCCGCUGCAAUCGGCCUCCUUGGCUACCAAGGCAACUCGCACGCCAACUGGCAGAAGGUCUGCAACGUAUUCGGGACUUACUGCCACCAAGUCGCGGCUUCUAUAGGCGUCUCGCUGCUUGGGUCCCUGCUCUUUGUCCUGCUGGUGCUGCUCGCCGUUUUGAACCUCCACAAGACAAACACGUCUUAAUUGCAACUAUUCCAUUCCAUACAUCACAUAUAUUCGCUCUGUAUUGGUUGCAGGUUGUAACUGCUGGUACCACUACUUGCUUCUUUUUUAAUUUGCCAUGA